CCCCCUCGGCAGCGGGGCACUGACAGCUGCCCCGAGCGGGCACCCGCCGCCGCCGCCGCCGCCGCCGCCGCUCUCCCGUGCCCGGCAGGCGGCUCGCUCCCCGCCGCGGCCCACCGCCGCCCCAUGGAACCCCCCCCCUCCCGCCACCACCGCCACCACCGCCGCCGCCGCCGCCGCCGGGGGGCGGGCGGGAGCGUGCCGCCGCAGUGAACCCGGCCGGCGGAGCGCGGGGGGCGGCCGAGCCCCCGCGCCGCGGGCACCAUGGACAGUAUCCUGGAGCCCUUCCCCGCCGAGCGGCUUUUCCCCGCCGCCGGCGCCGGCUUCCUCGACCUCGGCGACUUCAGCGAGGCGGACUUCCUCAGCAAUGUGCAUUUCUCAGAGAACCUGGAUCACUUCUCCGACAACAUGGAGGAUUUCUCCAACGAUCUCUUCAGCAGUUUCUUCGAUGACCCAGUACUGGCUGAGAAGAACCCACUGCUGGACAUGGACCUGGAUCCACCCACUCCAGGCAUCCAGGCAGAGCACAGCUAUUCCCUCAGUGGAGACUCUGCUCCCCAGAGCCCCCUCGUGCCUGUCAAGACUGAAGAUAAUGCUAACGAGCUGGAGAAUGGAGUGUGGUCGCUGGGGCCCAAGCUCUGCUCCAUCAUGGUGAAACAGGAACAGAACCUGGCUCUAGACCUGCCUGAGUCCCAGCUAGCUGCCAGCUCCAUACCAGUGCUGAACCUCAACCCUCUGCAGAGACUGCCAGUCCCCGAGGAGACUCCCAUAGAAAUGACUCCAGCACCUGUGAUCAAAGCUGAACCCAAAGAGGUGAACCAGUUUCUAAAUGUACCUGCAGUAGAUGACCUGGUGCAGAUGCCUCCAACUCCACCCAGCAGCCACGGCAGUGACAGCGAUGGAUCUCAAAGCCCCCGGUCCCUGCCUCCCUCCAGCCCAGCCCGACCUGCUGCUCGCUCCUCUACUGCCAUCUCCUCCUCACCUCUCCUCACAGCACCACACAAGUUGCAAGGGACCUCUGGCCCACUGCUCUUGACUGAAGAGGAAAAACGCACCUUGAUUGCCGAGGGCUACCCCAUUCCUACCAAGCUGCCCCUCACCAAAGCAGAGGAGAAAGCACUGAAGAGGGUCAGGAGGAAAAUCAAGAACAAGAUCUCUGCUCAGGAGAGUCGCAGGAAGAAGAAAGAAUAUGUGGAGUGUCUAGAGAAAAAGGUUGAGACAUACACAACAGAAAACAAUGAACUCUGGAAAAAAGUGGAGACCUUAGAAAACGCAAACAGGACUCUGCUCCAGCAAUUACAGAAGCUGCAGGCUCUGGUAGCUGGGAAAGUCUCCAGACCUUACAAAAUGGCUUCCACGCAGACCGGGACCUGUCUAAUGGUGCUGGCACUCUGCUUUGUUCUGAUCCUGGGAUCCCUGAUGCCCUGUCUCCCUGAGUUCUCUUCAGCAUCACAGACAGUGAAAGCAACACCAGCACCAGACAUUUACACAACUAGUAAGAUUCAGUCACGGAGCCUCCUUUUCUAUGAUGAGGGUGCUGGCUCCUUAGAAGAGAGCUAUAGCUCCUUCCUGACCAUGGACCAUCCUGAGGGGUGGGAGGCUGAAAAAGGGCAGUCUGAGGAGGGAAGGCCUCAUUUGGCCAGGACACACGAGACGUCCAAAUACCUGAGCAAAUCCCAGCUGGAGGGUCCUGACCAGAACCGAACUGACCCAACUCUCACCCACCUCAAAGAGCAAUUCCGUGAGAGGGAGACAAGCUCCAGUGAGACAGCUGAAUACUUGUAGCAGCUGCUGGACCUCAAGGCCUCACCUGUCUGAUUGCAGGAUUCCCUCCUCACCGAGCAACUGAGGGGACUUGGCGGAAGAGGACACUGCAUUCAGACACUCCUAAACUGGCCUUGGGUUCAGCUCCUCCCCUUCCCCGUGCCUCCCCGUUAGUACUGAUCUCUCUGAGGGGAGUCGCAGGACUGCCAGAACCAGCAAUAAAUGUCUGGCGAAACCCUGAGACACCCUCUUCUCCUGGCCUUACCUCCUGCUUAAAUGAGCACUACCCUAUGGAUGUGGGCUCACCUUGGAGUGGAGGGAGAUCAGGGGAAGCCCCCAAACUAUUCAGCUCACUCCCCAAAGCCUCCAGACCAAGGGGGCUGUCCCCAGGCGUGUACCCCUUGGCUACAUCAGAUGCACCUGAAGGAGAGAGAGAGUGCUGGAUUUACUGUCCUGCCUGGGGAGACUUAGGAGUGGGUGAUGCUGGUGCUGGAGAGAUGGCUCUGGAGAGUUUGAGCUCAUUCCUUCCCCUCCAUCUGUUAGUAUACUUCUGCUUCCAUUGAGAGAAAACCUAGUUCUUCCUGCUCUAGUUUUCUCUUGAGGGACAUACUUACAUAAAUUCCACGCCAACUAUCUGCAAAGAUCUGCACACAAACGGAGUGGGGGAGACAGAUCCCAGACACAUAAACCACCAGAAAUUAGCCAGCAGCUUCUGGGCAACCAGAGCUCUGAAAUAGAGAACAAUUUUCCCCCACAACCCACUUGUCCCCACCCUCGGCACCCUUGCUUUGGUAGGGGUGGUAUUUCCCUUUCUGUUCCUAGCUUGGGCCCUACAGUGCAGUGCUAACCAGGUCAGUGGCCUUCUCACUCUCCAUUCUGCAGGCCUCCCCCCUUGAGAGUGGGUGAGAGAAACCCGCUCCCAUAACCUGAUCCCCAUCCCAGCUCUCCAUCCCCAGUUCUGCUUCAUGCCAAAUGGGGUCUUUCUAGGAACCACCAAGGAGAGCACUGCAGCCCAUUGGAAGGCUGUCGGAUAGCCAUCGUUCCCCUCACAUCCUCCGUGUGCACAGCAGUGUUGUGAAAGUCACUGAGGACAUACUGGCAUCUCUGGUGACAGGUACGUCUGUCAAGAAAGAGGUGGCAUGUUGGAAUUGGCCAGGGUGACCAAAGACUGUUUUAGACCUCUUCCUUCUAAGUGCUGGCACCAACAGUAGCAAACUCUUGCCAUACCACCCUUCAGGCCAGACUUGCCAAGUUUGGUGCUGAAAUGACCUCAUCUCAAGCCUAUGCCAUCCUCUUUAGCAACCAGACACCCAUUUCUGACCCUUCUUCCUCCCCGGCAAAAGCCCUGCUGAAAGGCUCAAGUGUCUCCUCGCUCCGUUCCCUCAGCUGCCAUUUGAUGGAAGGACAAUGUGGGACAUGAGUGUCGGAGAUCUGGGAUGUGGCAGGUUGCCCCGUGUUUGUACAUGGGAGUCCCUGUGCACUCUUCCAGGUCUCACAGCAGGCUUCUCUUUGGCUUGUUUCUCUUCAAGCACCCUGGACUCACUCUGCACUGCCCCAGCCUCGCCUCUCCACUCAGGCUGGGAGUGGAGAGGGCUCCCUGGAGAGGAAGGAUGGGAUGGCUCUUGCUCAAGGACUGGGAGAAGCGAGGGAAGGGCCCUCACAUCCCUCUUUUCUCCCUUUUGAAAACUGGUUUUGCCCCCUGAAGCCAUUUAGGACAAAUUUGGACACAGCUAGCUGCAACCAUACAUGCGUGACCAGUGGGGUGAGGAAGAGGAAGGCCUUCAGCAUAGAUCUGCUCUUCUUGAGGUUCAUACAGGACCUGCUGGUCACCAGAUACCACUGCAUUCCCCAUCCUCCGCCUCCACCCCAGCACAAAGAACCACUGCCGGGUCCAAGCACGCCCUCCUCCACCCCAACACUUCCACCGAGCAUGUCCCCAUGCCUCCCACUCCCACCGUUGUACAGAGACCAAGAGCAGAACUCGUUUGUACAUAAUGAACCUUAUUUUGUAUUAUUGCCGAUCCCUUAAGAUAUUGUAUUUUGGAGACUCUCAGAUCCUAUUUUCAGUAUUGUAUUUUAUUAAGAAAUAGUGCGGGCUUGGCAUCUAUGAACUUCUUUCUUGUUAGCAGCUCACUUUCCCCUUAUACUCCAGCAGCUGCCUCUUCCCUCCUGUUUGUUUUUUGUUUGUUUUUUUUUUUUGUUUUGUUUUUUCAAGCCACCUUUUCCCCCCCUCCUAUCACUCGCUCUGCAUUUGCUUAGUGAAGCAAAAUAAAAAUAAAAUAAAAAGAUGCAGCAUCA